AUGCCUGGUAGACGUUGUGUUGUUCAGGACUGUGGAAACGUAAAGAACGAUGAAUUGGGGAUUUCUAUUCAUAAUUCUCCUGAUUCGGACAGCGUUAGAUUAAAGUGGAAAAGGUUCGUGUCCAUUCAUCAGAAGGAUUUCAACACAGUGGGAAAAUUUGCUGUGUGCUCGGAGCAUUUUACAAGGGAUUGUUUUACGCUUGCUUUUCCGAUGAAAGGCAUGAAAAGGAAUUUGAAGAAGGGGACGUUUCCAACCAUUUGAAAAAAAUCCUCUGAAACACUAUCAAAGCGGAGUCGACGAUCGGUGAGUGAAAUUACGAUGUAUUUGCGCUGUGCUUAUCACCAUUAUAUUUAUUUCCCCAUUUACCUGUGACAUGAUUUUUUCUGGCAUCGUUGUUCAAUAUUCGUGUAAUGAAUGCUCUGACUAUUUGGACUUCCCAUAUUGUUGCAUGUGUUUUCAUACUUUUCUGCUUUCUUCUCAUAGUUAUAGUAAAACGGGCAUUUGCGCUGAGUGGACGUGAAGUCAAUUCCCCAAUUCCCAGACCUUUCCACUCAAGCGUAAAAUUUAGAAAAAGUGAAGCUACAUAGAAAUCCGGCUCUCUAUUUUUUGAGAGAUUAUCUUGCUGUUACUUUGAGAUUUGACAGUACUCCAAACUUCCCUCCAAGAAAUCUUACAGCAAAAAAAAUGGAGUCUAAUUUCUACAUUCUAUAAGUUCAGUUACUGUUUGCGGGUUUUUUUUCCGUUUGUAUUUUAAUUCUAUUUUCACUGUCUGCAAAUGAUGCAUACAUUUUAAGGCAAAGAUGUGGUUAAACCUUGCUUCCAUUUCUAGUUUUGAAAACAUCGACAUAAAGCUCAAAUUCAAACUUGUUUUGAAGGGGAGAUAUAAAAAAUGGACGUACCUAUUUUCAUUUUUAGCUACUAAAUGAAAUUCUGGCUGGUCAAACUGCUAAUGAGGAUACAGAGGGAGAAGACAAUCCUGAAGAAGAGGUGAUCUCUUUGAAAGGAACCUCUGCACCUGAGGAGAGUGCUGACACUAUGGGGGCUCCCAAUCUCAACCCUGAGGAGUCUCCAGAAGUCGAGGGUGUUCUGAAUACAAGUCAGGGUUCUUUGCUUGAGGUAAAUCCUGAAAAGGAGGGCUGCAUCCCUGAGACUGAGACGGGUGAGAUAAGUGUUGAUGCUGAGAUGGCUUCAGAGGUCCUAGGUACUCCUGGUGAUAAGACAGCUCUCGAGAGCCAAGGGAUUUCAGGCACUGAUGAGGUUACUGAGACCAUGCAGAUCCUGGAGGCUCAGGGAAUCGAAAAAGUGCAGGAUAUGGAUGAAGUUAUGCAGAUUGAUGAAUCAUUAAUGAUUCCUGAACUUGAACAGGUUUCUAUGGUAGGCGCAUAACUCUAAUUAAUGUUUAUUUGCAUCUUUGUAUUAUCAUAACAAUGGAAAACUACAUGUGCAGUUAUUUUACAACAAUAACACAAAAAUUCUAAAGUCUUGUUAUUACAGCCUGUAUAUAUGUUGAAAGUUUGUUUUUUGUAGGAUACUCCAACUGGACAUGCUGGGAAUUGCACAACAUGCAAAACCCUGAGGAGUGAGGUGACUCAGUUAAGGGGCAAAGUCACAAGACUGAAGAGUAAGUUAAUCUCCAGUCAAGAUCAGUGGGUUGAAACCUUUAAGAGCAUACAAGAGCCGAAGCAGUGGCUGAUGGUGAAUGCUGGUGAGUCAACAAUAAUUGAUGUUGAUGAGUCAUAUAGGCAUAACUACCUAUCUUUAUAUUUUUAUUACAUUUUAUCAAUAUUUGAUUAUUUAAUAAUAAUUAAAAUUUUAAUGGUGAUAGAAUUUUUUUAAUUCCAUUUGUUUAAGCUAUUCAAACUGAUCCAUGGCCAGUAACAAAUGAGACAGAGUUAGGGCUAGAGGAUGAAUCAGAAGAUGAGCAGGAAAUGCAGGACGACGCGUAUGAGGAGUUUGAGUGUGAUGAAGACCCUACAUGGAGUCCUGAAGAAAUCGAAGAUGCAUAUAAAAAACUAAAGGAAGAUGAUGACUCGGUGAAAACUCAUCAGAACCCAAGGUACAAAGAUGCAAAAUUUAUUGCAUUUUAACAUCUUAGCUCUAAGUAUCCUCUGGGAAGUGAUUUAGGCGUAAAACUAACUUCCAUUAUGAGAGGAUCUAUUUAUAAACAAGAGUACAUGAAAUUUGUUUUUUAAUUUACUCAGAUAAGAAUUGCAAAAAAAAGAAGAGGCAUAGCCAGCCCAUAGACUGGAAGUCCCAGGCCUGAAAAUUUUUGGUUUGUCCACUCAACCACUUGUAAUAAAUUAUGCAUCGUUGGGGUGGGCUAGAUAGCUUAAGGGCUCAAAGUUGUCAUGUGUGCAAUCAACAGAAUUAUUAUAAAAAAGCAUUUUUCAGGAUGUAUGUGAGAAUAAAAUCCCAACCCACAAUUAGCCAGGUUUACAACAAGUUGAAAAACUAGCAACACCCUGAGAAAAACAAUAAAAAUGACAAUCGUUUUUUUUAUUGUUAUUUUAUUAUUUCAGAUGCUAUGAUUAAAUGAGUAUUUCCUUUCAAUCAUUUUUUACAGGUUGGAUCUACAAGGAAAAACAUUCGAGAGGAACCGAAGGGAAUUGUUUUCCUUUCCAAACUUCUUCUUUUGUUUCAGUUCUGCCACUUGUGCUUCUUUUCAAAACCCAAACUUUCUGUAUCACAGACAGGUUCCUUGUUAA